AUGAUUGAAAAUAGUGAAAGCUCUAAUAUAUCUGAUGAAAAUUUUCCUUAUGAUUUAAAUAUAAGUAGGAAUAAAAUACAUGACGUAAAUUUUUUAAAUGAAUCAAGUUUUUUCGAAGAAAAAAAGAAUAAAAAAAUAGACGGAGAGAAUUUUUAUCAAGAGAUAAAAUAUGAUAUAUUAAGAAUUGAAAGGAAUAUAAAUACGGAAGUUAAAAAACGAAUUGAAGCAAACAAAAAUAUUCAACAAUUAAUAGAGCAUAUGGCUAAUGAUAUGAUAAAUAAUGUAUUAAAUAAAAUAACAACGAAAAUUGAAAAUAUUUCGAUUGAUUUAGAUAAAAUUAUAAAAAGAUGUGAAGAAUUAGAAAAAAUUAUAGGAGAAAUAAAAGUUGAUCUUCCUACAAAAAUUCAAACAGAAAUGAUUAGUUUAAAAAGAGAAAUAUCCGAUUUUCAAAUUGUUGUAAAUAAAUAUAUAAAUAAUAAAAAAAAGAGAGAUAACAUAUUAUAUGGAAAGAUAGAAAACAUUAGUGCUUAUAUAUGUAGUAAAAUUCAAAGUGAAAUAUGUUUUAAGCAAGAAGAUUUGAUUGCCCUUAAAAAUGAAAGUGAAAAAUUGCUUAAUUAUGAUUAUAACGAAGAUAUAAACUUCAAAAAUAUUUUUAUUGAAGAAAUUGAAGAGAUCAAAGAUGCUCUUGCUUUAACGAUCAAAGCAAGAGAACAGUCUGAUGAUGAUAUUAUACAAGCUAUGAACAAAUAUACAAAUGUGUUGCAAAAAGCAUUACAAUCAGUUAUUAUCAACAAUAAUUGA